ACCCUCCUCACCUCGUAUAUAUAGAUAUAAUAUUGUUUCUAUUGCUCUAUUCUACCCAACCAAUAUAUACACCCUCUGUUAAUAAUCGAUCAGAGAAUCUGAGAUCGAUCUCUCUCUCUCUCUCCCUCCCUGAGCUUUUGCAGUAACCUAGCUAGGCCCUAGCUGCUAGGGUUUACGAUCGAUGAGGAAGCCUUGCUGUGAGAAGACUGAGAUGACUAAAGGAGCGUGGUCGAUACAAGAAGACCAGAAACUCAUUGACUACAUCCAAAAACAUGGCGAAGGUUGCUGGAAUUCUCUUCCUAAGGCUGCAGGGUUGCGUCGUUGCGGUAAGAGUUGUCGACUGAGAUGGAUAAACUAUCUACGACCAGAUCUUAAACGAGGAAGCUUUGGAGAAGAUGAAGAGGAUCUCAUCAUCAGGCUUCAUACACUCCUUGGGAAUAGGUGGUCGCUAAUAGCUGGAAGACUGCCUGGAAGGACAGAUAACGAGGUGAAGAAUUACUGGAACUCUCAUUUAAAGAAAAAGCUACUGAACAUAGGCACCACUACUCUUCGUCCAAAUAAGCUCCGCGAGAUUAACCAUGCACCUUAUAAUAAGCUUGUCAAGUACUUCAAUGACAUGGACGAUGAGGUAGUUGAUGAGGUCUCCACCGAUUCCGCGAGCACCGAAAUCAGCAGCUGCUUGGUGCCUAAGUUGAAUCUCGACCUUAGUCUCAGCCUAGCUCUUGAGUAGUACUAGCUAGUACUGCUCCUGAUCCUCCAGCCUCUUGUCUCUGUGUGUGUGUGUGUAUAUUAUUUACGUACCUUUCCUCUCCAGGGCUUCUUUUAGAAUAUGGUGCUUGGAUUCGUGGAUUGGCUUUAAUUAUGACUACAUGUUGAAUAGUAUGAAAAGGUGCUUGAAUUUCAGGUGAAGACUUCGAAGAAAAUUAAGUGUUGGCAACAGCCAAACAGUACAAGCAAGCAGAGGCCACGAGAAGUUUAUCUCCUUUUACUAUGUAUAGGGAAAAUCUAUAUAUUUAGUAUCUUCUAUCUCCUAUAAUGACCAAUAUACAGUGUAUCAAAUACCCUGAAGAGAGAAGUAGAGGUUGUUCUCUCGGUAGAAUAACUGCCAAUAAUCAAUUUGGCAAUGAAAUAUAUAUACGAAGGAUUAUUUA